UUAUUUUAACAAUAAUUCAACACAAUUACUAUUUAAUAUAAAUUAAAAAUAAUCAUAUUAUAAACUAUGUAAUAACAUACAUAAACAAACAAAAACAUCAUACUUUAUAAAAAAAUCAUUGUAUAUAUAUGUUUUCUAUAAGUGAUUAACAAAAUACUUUGAAGCAAAAAGUAAAUUUAUUUAUCUUUGAUUUUCUUAGUUGAGCUAUAUUCUUAUAGAAAUGAAUAUUUUCAUGAUUUUUGAUAUAAACAUCUAAUUAGAUGAAAAUAAUAAUCGAACUUUGAUAUUAAUUAGGUAAUAGUAACAUAUAUAAUUUAUUUUAGAAAAAAGAUAAGAAUAAAUAAAAUUUUAAAACUAAUUUAUAAUUUAAGAAAUUUAUUUUCAAAAAACAAAGAUGUGAACAAUAUAUUUUCAAUUUUUUUAAUAUAUUCAAAUUUGAAGCAGUAUUUUUCAUUUUAAAAUAAGAAAAAAAGUACCAUUAAAAUAAAAAAAAAUCAAACUGAGUCAAUAAGUGGAAAAUGAAAUACUAUUAGAGACCGUUUAUUCAAUAUAUCUUCAACUAUUAGUAAGUUGAACGCUACAAGUUUAAGCAUUUAUUCUUUACUUUAGUUCUUUCUGUUGUAAGAUUAUAUUAUGUUUGCUUCUUUUUAGUUUACUUUUUAAAUAUUUAACAGUAUUUCCACACAUGUCACACACACACAGAUAUAUAUAUAUAUAUAUAUAUAUAUAUAUGUAUAUAUAUAUAAUAUUGGAAAAGACUAAAAUUUAAACUAAAAAUAGACUAUAUUAUAAUAAAUGGGUUUAAAUGAUUUGAUUGUGUUUUGGAAUCAAAUCAUAUUUUCCAUUUCAAUAAAAAAAUCAACUUAGUUAGCUGGAGAAAAAUAAAUGUAACGGAUCUUUGAAUACAAAAAUAAAACUGGAGUUUCUGUUUUUAAAUUGAAAACAAAAAGAUCACUAAAUGCAACUUGCUUAAUCUUGGUUUACUACAGAUUCACAAACACCUCGGCGGUGGAGUUAUUUUUCCUAAUAAAGAUACAUGUACAUCAUUCUAAUAUAUUUAAUUAAAGAAAGUGUAAACAGAAACGGACAAAAGUUAAGAAAAUAUUACCAAAUAAAGAUAUUAAUUGAUAAUUUGAAAGUACAGAGAAACGGAAACAAAGAGUUGUAGGGGAUUAAAAUGGCAAAGAAGAAAAGUGAUUAGGUAUAAAUUUUGAGUAAAUAUAUUUAAAGAAUCAAAUGCAAAAGGAAAAAAAAAAACUAGUCUAACUAAGCCGUUUAUUUGAAUGUUAGUACUUGCUAAACUUGGGAUUCUCUACCAUAAAUAUGAAGAUUUUUAGACAUUAAUGAUUAGCCCCAAUGAUCAAUAAAUAGAAGCAACUCGUGUUCCUCUCUAAUCUCAUUGUUCACGUACAAAUACAGAUCCUAAAAACAUUACGUUUUGUUCCUUUGACCAUGGAACUCAACCUCACUACGCCGACAUCAUGUUCCUCCAGCAGUAUCUCGUCAUCUUCGCAUGAAAUGGGUUUUUUAACCGAUACCAAAGGGAAAAUGAAAGAGAAGAUUGCGGAUGGGCAAGCGACCGAGACUCCGAGGGUAGAGUUUCGCUUUUUGUUCAACAACGACAAUAUAAGAAACUCUGGUUUUGGAGUUUUAGAUGAGGCAGAAGGGACAAAGAACGAGGCUAAAGCGAGGGUGUUUGCUUGCACCUUCUGCAAGAAAGAGUUCUCUACUUCUCAAGCAUUAGGAGGACAUCAGAACGCUCACAAGCAAGAGCGAUCAUUGGCCAAAAGGCGUAAGGAGAUCGAAAUCAACUAUCCUGGGCACUCCUUCUACAGCCAGUACCCACCAAGUGGUGUUUCCAACAGCAACAGCUCACAGUAUGACCUUGGGGUUCGUUGCAAUCCCAACAUUGGUAAAUAUAAGGCCUAUCCCUUAAACAUCUUCAGAUGUCGAUUAGGGUACAGAGGGCUUAACAUUAAUUCCCAUGUCCCUCUCCUGUCUCAACUUUCGUGCCCAAACACAGACGAUUUUUCCAUAAAUUUGAUUUCAAACUUAGAAGGCAGCAUUCAUAUGAAUAAGGAGGACCAAGGUGACAAAGAAGAUCAAUCGGACAGUGAUACUUGCAAGGAUACUGAGAUUGACUUGUCUCUGAAGCUGUAGUUUACUUUUAUUCUUAUUCUUGGUUAAACUUUAGUACUUGUUUCUUAAUUCAGCAUCCUUUCAUAUUGUGUUUUUACUCGUAAUGUUAAAGCUUAUAUUUAUAUAUACAGACUUUAAUCUCGCCAAUCUUCUCUACUAACUGAUACGUAAAAGUGUUUCUUUUCUCUUUUUUUUCUUUAAUUUCUAAAUUUCGAAAUUUAACAAACGUUUUAUUUUUGUGUGUGUAGAUUAUUUGAGUAGUUAAUGAUAACUAAAGACUAGAAUAUUUGGGAGAGCAAUCCAAUCCUUUAAAUAUUUGAUGUUGAACAGUUAAUAUCACUUAUUAGAAAAUAUGCAGAAAAAACCGACUUUUUUUCAAAAACUACAACUAAAAGCUCAUUAAAUUAUUGAUUAUUUACUCUACCCCUCCAAGACCAUACUUAGUGUUGUAGGUUGUUAGUAUGUAGAGCUUAAAAGAUUGCAACGUAAAGGCUAAAAUACUUUGAGCAUGCAAAUUGUGGUAAAUUCAGAUAAAUACUGUGAUGUAAGUACGAAAACAUUUCUGUUCGGAUGGGAUUUAGAGUUAUAAUAAAAAAAAGUAUGUAGUGUUGAUUAAAAAAUACGGUUCCUCUAACAGAAUGUGAGAAUGGUCUGGAAGCAUUUAUAUCUAUUUAAACAAGUUUUUCUAGGGUGAAUUUGAGAGUAAAACGAAAGGCAUCUCGUGACUUGGGAUUGGAUCUUAGUAGGUGUAAAUUGCAUUCAGUUACCCCUCAACAACCGGCAACAACCUCUUCUCUCCAGCUAUAUAUAAACCUUUUUUGCUACUCUCAAGUCCUAAGCAAAACACAAGCAGAGUAAAAAGAGAGAGACAAAGUGAGAAAAAAAACGUGAGAGAAAAUAAAAACGGGAUUGGAUCUUAGUACAGCUUAACUGGUUAUUAAUUUAAAGAAUAUCAUGAAUGAAUGAAAUUAAAAAAAAAAGUGGAACGUAGAUGAAUGAAAUAAGGGAAGUUAUAGAAUAAAAAAAUUGAAUUUCAUUCCACUUAUUCAUAAACUUUUUUAACCAUGAAUAUUUUAUAACUACAUUCCAUUUUUUUUUCUGACAUUUUACAAGGAAUCAUUGGAAUGAGAUUUGUUUUUUGUUCCAUUCAAAUGGUAAAAAAAAUUUAGAAUAUGGAAGAAUAAGCCAUUCCAAACAAUUUCAUUCCAAAAAUUUGUAAUUGAGUUGCACCCUACGUGUAAAUUGCUUGCAAUAUAGCCUUUUUUUUUGUCACUAAAAUGCAUUCAUAAAAUUGGGCCAUGACCCAAAAUCGUUAGCCCACUAAAAGAUUUGAUACAGAAGCACGAAGCACAGCUUUUGCAAGAAAAUCUGAAAGAGAGUUCUUUGAUCUAGGGAAAUAGGAGAAAGAUAGAGAGGUGAAUCCAGACGAGAUUGAUCGUAUAUCACUCACGAUUCCGAUCAACUCUUUGCUCUGGAUCCUGCCAUUAAUUACUCCGAUGAGCGUUGCACAGUCUGAAAAGACUUCAAAUUUUGUGAUGCAGAGAUCGUUCGCCGAUCCAAGAGCUGUCAACAGGGCCAAAGCUUCUGCGAUCAGAGGAGAGGCGAUGAAGUCCUGCACCAGCGAACCUUCUACUGGACUAGGUAUAGUCGGGCCUGUGAAGUCCUGCAAUAUAGCCUAUUAAACAAGCAAGAUCGGCACUAACACCGACAAAUAUCCCCAUAGCAAAAAGCUUUAAUUGUCUUGAUUUGAAAAUAACAUUCCAGUAUAAACUAGUUCAUGAAUCAAUGGGAAUGAUGUAUGGUAUGUUGGUUGUUGGCCGCAUACGCCACUGACGGGUAGACAAGAAUUUGUUAAAACCGGAAAUGAAGAACGGAUACCCAUGACUUUGGCAACCUGAGAUAAGAGUUUGAUGAGAUUUGAUGGCUAAGCAUGGUUGAGUUGAAACAGAGACUCCGUCCUGAAAUAAGAGCUUGAUGAGACUUGAUGGGUAGGCAUGCUUCUAACAACCAAAACCAACGCAAUGCCAUAACAAAUCUAUGUGCUGCCGACUCCGGAAUAAUAUUAUUUUAACAUUAAAACGAGAAAAAGAAGUAAAUAAAAAAAAAACGAUUCAGGCUCCUCUAAGAUCGUUCUAGUUAUGUCAUUUUUUUAGAUUCUGCUUAAAGAUCUUACUUUCCCAUUUAAAAGUGAUUUAUAAGACCGAAAAAGAUAAUGGCAAAUGAUGAUGUUAUCUUUCACUAAAUGAAUCAUGAUCACACUUAUAAGUAUUACUAUAUAGUCAUAAGUAAUAGUAUCUCACGAAGACACCAAACUCUCCAAUUUUUCAAAGAGUAGCAAAAAAAGAACGAGGGAGCAAGAAAUCCUAAUUCACUUAAAAACAAAAUAUAAAAGUCAUGCUUGAAAUGACGUGUGUAGUGGGCGUUGUUAUGAAUCACCAAAUAGUUUGUAGCCAUUUCUGAUGAUUUCAUCCAUAAAUACUGUUUAUUGCUUCUCAGUGCUUUGUGCCUGUAUUACUCACCACCUCCUUUCCUUAAAAUUUUAUUACUCACUAUUCU